GCUACAGAUGUCAAUCCACCGUUGUUUUAGGACUUUGUUUACUAUUGGACAAAGCAAAAUGACAAACUAAUUUAAAUGAACAUUUUGUUCAAUUUACAAAUUAGUCAAAUACGUAAAUGUGUACAUUUAUAUUUCUGUGUAAAUGCCACCCUAAUUAUUGCCUCAGAUCAACUUGGAGAUAAUGUCGCUUACAAAGAUAUGUUUAAGUGUAUCACUGGCUCUUGACAUUCUGGGUAUUUGCAUUAAUGCGUUUCAUUUGGAUUCAUCUGAACUAGGAUCGGGAAUGUUGGCGUCAGAGGAGGUGGAACCACGCUUGGACAUUUUCUCCCACAAGGUGGACUUGCUGAAGCACCUGUCUGGCCUCGUGCCUCAGAGUAACAAUGUGUCUCUGUAUAAGGAGGAUGAAGGAUGCGCAGUGCUCAGCGUGGGGAUCUACUCCACCCUUACGCUGCCCGCGCGGCAAGCUUUUGGCCUGAGCUUCACAGAUGAGUUCAGCGUGCUUCUACAGCUACGCAGCUCUCAGGAAGAGGACCGUAGCAUCAUGACUAUCCUGGACUUCUACAAUCAAAUAUUGUUUCAGAUACGCCUAAGGCCUUCAGGACUCACAGUCCUCACCGGUCAACAGCACGAUUACGAGUUUUUAGUGUCGGCUUUGUCCGACUCGCAAUGGCACUGGGUCUCAGUCGGGGUAUCUUUCGAAUGGCUGGCUGUGUAUGUGGACUGUGUUCUUGUGGAGAAGGUGAGCUGGUCUUACCCCUACCUGGGCAUCACCACUGAGGGCCUUCUGAUGGUCGGAGGCAUUCUGGAGGGCUUCGAGACACCUUUCCAGGGGGAGCUCAGGCAGUUGAUGUUUUUGAUGGGUGAUGGUGCAGCUGCCGACCAUCACUGCAGCCUCCACCAGCCUGUGUGCGAAGCCUACGUGGACCCCGGUGCCCACGAACUACACCACACCACCCAGACUCCACCAUCCCUGUCGUCGACCGGCUUGACAGAGGGGCCCGUGUUGCCCCCAGAGUUCUUCGCUGAUGUGCAGGGAACAGUUCGAGCUCGCAAGCCUGAAGCUCAGGAAGCAGACGUACCGAAUCCUUUAGUUCCUCAAGGCGAGGUGAACAUUUCCUCCCAUUCCCAGAGGGGUGACCUUAAGCACCUUGCUAAUGGCUUCCAGGUGCUGGAAGAACCUGAGCUUCUCGAGCCCCCCCGCUUCAGCUCCCGAGGCAGGAUUAAGGACAGCGCUGACAAAAAGGCACAGCCCACCAAAACUAAAUCCACACGGGAGAACAUGUCCUUACAGAAAAGAAAAACAGACCGGAUCCACGGUUCUCUGGAUGGAAUUCUUGCUAAAAGCCUCAUGGACAUCGUUGACCUGGAUUCCAGGAUCAAUUCUAGGCAUGCAACUGAGAACUUUGCGCAUCCAGACUUCCAUGACCUAAAUCUGACAGAAGAGGACCUGCUACCCCCUGCAGGGAUGUACAUCAGUCCUGGUUCUUCUAGUCGUGGUUGGGUUCCCAGAGACUCCCUGACUAAGAGAGGCCUGCAAAAGCCUGCGCAAGCCAGAAAACCAGGUCUGUUGGCCCCAAGCACAUCAUCCAGACAUGGUGAUGUGAUGGCGGGCUCUGAUGGGAGACGGUUCCGACUGCUGAGGGGACCCCCAGGGCCGAGCGGGUCUCUGGGGAAAAGAGGUUGUGCUGGCAUGAGAGGAUACAUUGGACUUAAGGGGGACAAGGGCUCUGAAGGCGAAAGAGGGCGUGAUGGACCAAGGGGCCAGGCAGGGCUACCGGGCCCAGCGGGGUUACCUACACUCUACCUGUGGAGGAACACUCCCGAAGACUGGACUGCCUUCAGGAGAACAUCAUAUUAUCACUUGCUGGUGGCAGGCUGGCCUAUGGAGAUGGGACCUCCGGGACCAUUGGGGGAGAUGGGAAGACCUGGACCACCCGGGGCACCUGGAGAACCAGGGCAGACUGGACCCCAAGGUCGCCUAGGCGACAUGGGCCAUCCGGGGCCAAAGGGGGUCUGUGGCAGAGGAGGAAAACCAGGAAGAGACGGAGAGAAUGGACUGGAUGGAGAGUUGGGCCUUCCUGGAAUACCUGGCCUGCCGGGUCCUUCUGGCUAUAAAGGAGAGGCAGUGCCCCCUGGAGACAAAGGAGAUCAGGGUUUCCCAGGUGCAGCUGGUCCCCGCGGGGACAGAGGGGAGACCGGGCAGAAGGGCUCAGAGGGAGAUGCUGGGUUAGCUGGCUCUGUUGGGCCUCCAGGUUUCAUGGGAGUGAGAGGAGUCGAGGGUCUUCCUGGCCCACCAGGUUCUAAGGGGGGUCCAGGAAAUGGUGGGAAGCGUGGUCCUCCAGGAACAGUUGGAGCUCCUGGUGCAACAGCAAUGGUUGGUGCACAGGGAGUUAAUGGCUCAGAAGGAGAUUUUGGACCUGCUGGCCCGACAGGUCGACAAGGUCCCCAGGGCCCUGCUGGCAUGGCAGGAAUCAGGGGCCUGUGUGGCAGGACAGGGCUGCAGGGACCUCCAGGACAGAAUGGACCACGGGGCCUUAAAGGUGAAACAGGUCCGGAAGGUCUGUUGGGCAACAGGGGACCACCUGGCCUUGAAGGAGCAAUGGGCCUACCUGGAGAUCCUGGCCUAAAGGGCUUUCCAGGUUUCAAAGGCAGCAGAGGCUUGGAUGGAGAGAGAGGGGCUUUUGGACCCAAAGGACAAAGAGGUCCACCUGGAGCGUUGGGAAUUAUGGGUCCUCAAGGCGAAAGAGGUCAUCUUGGCCUUCCUGGUUUACCUGGGUUCAGAGGUCAGCCAGGUCCUCCAGGUAUCCAGGGUGAAGACGGUGAAGUGGGCCUUCAGGGAAUGGUUGGAAAGGAGGGUCAAAAGGGAAGCCGGGGAUUACCUGGGCAACCAGGAAUGACUGGACCCAGAGGACAAAGUGGACGAGCUGGCCAGCACGGGUUUCCUGGUAUGCAUGGACUUCCGGGUUUGAGAGGCCCAUCAGGGACUGAAGGAGCAGAAGGAAAGCCUGGUACACAGGGUGUUUCAGGUUCUGUGGGAAGCCCAGGAUAUAAGGGUCCCAGUGGAUUCGGGGGAUUGCCUGGAGAAGCAGGGCAGAGAGGACACACUGGUUCACUGGGUCUUCAUGGGCGACCUGGUCAGGACGGCAGGCCAGGUGUCCCAGGAGAGAGGGGUUUAACAGGGAAGACAGGAGUGGAGGGCCAACAGGGACCUGUGGGAAUGUAUGGUUACCCAGGGGCCAGAGGCUUGCAGGGAAAUCCUGGCAGCAUAGGAGAGCAGGGUGAGCCUGGUGUAAGAGGAUCUACUGGCAGACGUGGAGAGAGAGGACCACCUGGCCAGCCUGGUCCGUCUGGUGAGCGGGGCCCACCUGGACCUCAGGGACGUCAAGGUGAGAUGGGUCACGCUGGUGUACGAGGGGCACCAGGCCCUCCGGGCCUGCCAGGAGCUGUAGGCGUGCCAGGGAAGGCUGGUCGCCCUGGCAACCUUGGCCCUCCAGGACCACAGGGCAAAGACGGACCCGUUGGAUUACCAGGCGUACAUGGAACGGACGGAAAGAUUGGCCCAUUGGGGGAGAAAGGAGAAAAGGGAGUGGUAGGACCUUCUGGUGGUCCUGGACCUGUUGGGUUGCAUGGAGAGCAGGGAUAUCCUGGUCCACGAGGUUUAGAAGGACCAUGGGGGAGGAAAGGAGAACACGGUUCAGUGGGGCCUGUUGGAAAGUCUGGGCCAGUUGGAGCAGCAGGGCUGCCAGGAGCACAAGGCUCUCCAGGGAUGCAGGGAGAGCCAGGGCCAAGAGGGAAAGAGGGAAGCAUAGGACCCGUAGGCACUACUGGAGACCCAGGCCCCAAAGGACAGAAGGGUGGCACUGGGCAGAGGGGUUCCCCUGGACAUGAGGGGCCCAUGGGAUCCUUUGGAGCCCAAGGAAAGAGGGGCUUGAAGGGGGAAGCGGGCCACUUCGGACUGCUUGGUCAGAAUGGACUAAUGGGGAAAAUUGGCCCACCAGGUUUGAUGGGACUAGAGGGUUUGACAGGACUGCGAGGACUGGCUGGAAAGGACGGACACCCAGGGUCAAAGGGAGAGCCUGGCAUUACCGGGGCAAUAGGUUCCCCUGGUGAACGAGGCAAAUGGGGAGGAGCUGGUCAGAGAGGAUUAAAGGGAGAGAUGGGAAAACGUGGGCCCCACGGAGGUGCUGGACCCAGAGGCCAUGGAGGUUUCACAGGCCCGAAAGGCUUACGAGGAGCAGAGGGCCCAAAAGGUGAUGCGGGCAUGGCAGGACCUCCAGGAGAGAUGGGGCCAGAGGCUUUUCCUGGGAUCCAAGGCCCCCCGGGACUGCCAGGAUUAGAGGGGUCCGAAGGAGAGAUGGGCCCUUCAGGGCCUGUUGGGCCCCCUGGACAACAGGGGCCAAAGGGCAAACCUGGGCCUGAUGGAAGAAAAGGGCAGAAUGGUCAGAAGGGGAAGGAUGGUCGAGAUGGACAGAUUGGAAUGACAGGGACUGCAGGCCAGAGGGGGAAACGAGGGAAAACUGGCCAGAGAGGUCCGAGAGGGAUCAGAGGAGAGAAGGGCCAACCGGGACCAGUGGGGCAGCCUGGCCCUCCAGGCAGACAAGGCUCAUAUGGUUUAACUGGAAAAAAGGGGGCCAAAGGAGAUAAAGGUGAACGAGGGCCACAGGGGCAGAAAGGGGACAUGGGGCCAUCUGGUCCUCCAGGGGGCGACGGACUGAAGGGAAAACAGGGUCUGAUUGGACACACAGGCAAACGUGGCUCUAAAGGAGAGCAGGGUGAUAUUGGUCCAUCAGGGCAGAGGGGAAAACCAGGUUUACCGGGCAUGCCAGGAUUAUUUGGUGAAAAGGGCUUAAAGGGAUAUGCAGGGAACCCUGGCCCUGCAGGACUGAGGGGACCACCUGGGCCUAUGGGUCUCCCAGGACUCCCAGGGUUAUCAUUUAACCUCACAGUGACUCGACUAAAGGACCUUAUGCAUCAGUCAGAACCAGACUACCCUCUUAUUGGAACUCUACUGGAUUCCCUUCAACAUGACCUGCGACUCUUCAUAGAUCCACCAGAUGGCACUAAAGAACAUCCAGCAACGACCUGCUUGGAGUUGAUGAUGACCCAUCCCAACUAUACCAAUGGAAUGUAUUACAUCGACCCAAAUCAAGGAAGUCCUGCUGAUGCCUUUCUAGUCUACUGCAGCUUCAGUUUAGGUGGUCAGACCUGCCUGUCUCCACUCCAGCCACAGGUACCUGUGAAAGCCUGGUUAAAAGAGUUACCAGCAAACUCUUUCAGCUGGCUAAGCACCAUGGACAGAGGCUUUCAGUUCGAUUAUGCAGGAGCCGGCGUGGUUCAGAUGAAAUUUCUGCGGCUGAACAGCAAGUUGGCCACGCAGAACAUCACGCUGUCCUGCCAGGCCGGGAGCAGGCAGGGCGUGAGGGAGAGAGAAAUCCGAUUCCUCGCAGAUUCUCGAAGGCAGAGCUUCCUGGGAACGCUACGGGAUUGCGUGUCAGCGGAGGAGCCGGACACUCAGCCUCAGGACUCUGUGUUCCAGUUUGAAACCGAAGACCUGGACCUUUUGCCAGUUAGAGACUUGGCAUUGUUUGGCCACACUGACCUCUCAGAAGACUUUGGGUUUACCAUAGGACCUGUCUGUUUCAGCUAAAAGCCACAAGUACCCCCCAACACACACUCGCACUCACAUUAUCCAUAAACUGCUGCCUGUACACUUCUUGUUAACUGGCCCUUCGUUAAGCGCAGUAGGAUUCACACUCAGAUGGAGAGACGCAACUCUUCAUGAUCUCCAGCUAGUGGCUUCUCUUCACACAGGAAGAUGAGCAGAAUGGACCAUCCAAACAGAGCUUCCUCUUUUAUUGAUACAUUGUCCAAAUUCCGUCGACUUGUUGCCUAGUGGCAAUGAUACUUUGCUGCACACAUUCCUGAAAGGAACUGUUUGGUUUUUGUUGUAUAUUGUUUACAAUGCUUUUUUUUGUCUUCUGUUAAUUAUUCCUUAUUAUUUAUAUGGUGUUUAUGUAGUGGUUAUUGCCAUCCUCCAGGUAUUUUGCAAAGCUGUCAGUACUGUACAAACACUUGGUUUGAUGAAAGAUGCACUCUCAUUUCAGGUCGUCACAGCUUACGACCAAACGCACUGUGAUCUCAAUGGCACCCUUGGUUAAAACACUUUAGAAGGCGCGUUCCAAAUAGAAGGCGUAGCUGAAGAGUAGGCUGGAGGAUGAGAGGAUGACGUACCGAAGGACAUUGAUAGUAUAAAAUCACAAAACAAUGUUUCCUCGGUAAGAUGGAAGCAAAGAGAAUACAAAUCAUUCAACGAUGAAAAUUCAGUAACAACUAUCACAUAAUAUUUGUAAGUAAUUUAGUUGCACAUGCUAUAUCUUAUUUUAACAUGUUUAAAAAUAAGGGGCCAAACAUUUGGGGUUAAUGAUCAUGAUAGAGGUUCACUCAAACAGCAACCGUAUCAAAGAAUGUGAAAAACCUGAUGUGGUUGCAUAGCUGGCUGACAAAAUGCUGCUGUCUGAUGUGCUUUUUGUUCAGGUCCUUUUUUUAAUCUGUAAAAAGAUGUAUUGUGAACUUCAUGGUGUGUUUUGAGGCUCAAGAUGUGUUAAUUUAUGAGGUGGGCAUUUAUUUAAUUCCAUUAUGACAUAUUGCUGUUGCCUAUUACUUCUCGAUGCAAUA